AUGAAGAUAGAGGAGACAAACAAGAACAAAGUGGCAAUCGAGGAAAUGCAGGAAAUAGGAACAGGAGAAAACAAAAUGAUAAUGCUGAAAUGCAGGAGCUGGGAAGAUAAAAGAGAGAUAAUGACAAAAAGGAAGGACCGUAAGAAAAAGAAAGAGGAUAAGAAGGAAGAGGCCAAAGAAAGCAGAAGAAAACGAAAGAAGAUACAGAGGGAAAGGCAAGAAGAAAGGAAGCAAAAAGAACAGAAGGCAGACACAAUGACGGUAGGCUUCUGGAAUAUAGCAGAACUAAUGAGAAAAAAUGAAGAAUUCUGGAAAGAGAUAGAAAAAUGGGAUAUAAUAGCGAUGCUAGAAACAUGGGUAGAACAAAAAGACUGGGUAAAAUUAAGAAGAGACUACCGGAUAACUAUGUAUGGAAAUGCCAGUCAGCAAAGAAAGAAAAAAAGAAAGGAAGAGCAAGAGGAGGGAUAAUAACAGGAGUCAGGAAAGAAAUAGCC